AUGGUUGAUUCUAACACUGAUUCUCAAAUCUCUCAAGAUUUGAUCACUCCUCUCAAUACCCAUUUCGCCUCUCACUCCAAAUCCUCCGCCAUGGAACCACCACAACCACCACCACCACCACCAAAAUCCUACUGGCGAUUCAGCAAACAAGACUUUUUCCCAGAACCCUCCUUCCAAAACCUCUCCACUUACAUAACAGCCCUGUUGCAAACCUGUCACCGUCUCCAAGACCGCCUUUUUUGCCGCUCGACCGAUGUCACUGAGCUCAUUGACCUCAAAAAACAAUCUGAAUAUGACAUGAAGCAAUGUCUCACAUGGUGGGACUUGAUUUGGAUGGGUUUUGGCGCCGUUGUUGGGUCUGGAAUUUUCAGUAUCACCGGUCAGGAAACACACAACGAUGCUGGCCCAGCUAUAGUUCUUUCUUAUGCCGCUUCAGGCCUGUCUGCGUUGCUAUCAGUAUUCUGUUACACUGAAUUUGCUGUGGAAAUACCUGUGGCAGGUGGGUCUUUCUCAUUUCUUCGAAUCGAGUUGGGUGAUUUUAUUGCUUUUAUAGCUGCGGGUAAUAUUUUACUAGAGGCCGUUGUUGGUGCUGCUGGGUUAGGGCGUUCAUGGUCUUCUUAUUUUGCUAGUAUGAUAAAAUCUGAUGCGGAUUUCCUCAGAAUUCGAGUGAACUCCUUUGCUGAAGGGUUUAAUUUAUUGGACCCAAUUGCGGUUGUGGUUUUAGCGAUUGCUAACACUAUAGCUAUGAGUGGGACACAGAGGACAUCUUGUUUGAAUUGGGUUGCUUCUAUUUUCAGUUCUGGGGUCAUAGUUUUCAUUAUAAUUGUUGGGUUUCUUCAUGCUAAGAGCUCGAAUUUGGUACCCUUUUUCCCAUAUGGGGCUGAGGGGGUGUUCAAAGCUGCAGCAGUUGUGUAUUGGUCUUAUACUGGAUUUGAUAUGGUUGCAACUAUGGCUGAAGAGACUAAGAAACCGUCUAGAGAUAUACCGUUGGGUUUGGUUGGUUCAAUGUCCAUUAUCACUGUGGUGUAUUGUUUGAUGGCAUUGGCACUUGUCAUGAUGGUGAAUUAUACUCAGGUAGAUGUCAAUGCAGCCUAUUCAGUGGCAUUUGAGAGAAUCGGGAUGAAAUGGGCUAAGUAUUUGGUGAGUAUUUGUGCUCUUAAGGGCAUGACUACAAGCCUGCUUGUUGGUUCUAUGGGGCAAGCUCGAUACACGACUCAGAUCGCGAGAGCUCAUAUGAUUCCCCCCUGGUUUGCUCUUGUACAUCCGAGAACCGGAACCCCCAUAAAUGCUACUCUAUUGGUGACUAUAAUUAGCUGCAUUAUUGCUUUCUUCUCAAGUUUGGAUGUUUUAUCUAGUGUGUUUUCAUUUAGCACACUCUUCAUUUUCAUGCUUAUGGCUGUUGCAUUACUUGUUAGGCGAUAUUAUGUAAAAGAUGUUACUCCAAAUCAUGGUUUAGUUAAAUUUCUUUUGUGCCUUUUUGUUAUUUUGGGUUCAUCGAUUGUGAUAACAGCUCUUUGGAGUUCUAAUAAGAGAGGAUGGAUUGGUUAUGCGGUGGCUGGUGCAUUCUGGUUAAUGGGUACACUGGGGAUGGUAUUGCUUCCGAAGCGGAGGGUUCCAAAGGUUUGGGGUGUUCCACUUGUUCCAUGGUUGCCAUCAUUGUCAAUCGGGAUGAACGUGUUUUUGAUUGGAUCCUUGGGUGGGGUGGCAUUCUUGAGGUUCUUCAUAUGUAGUGCUGUUAUGCUAGUUUAUUACCUGGUAGUUGGCGUUCAUGCAACUUAUGAUGUUUCCCAUCAAGGUAACCAAGAAGGGAAAAUUGAAGACCGUAAAGGAAAUGCCAAUCAAGAAAUUUCGUAGUUUGUAUGAUAUCUUAGAACUUCAAGUGAUUGGCAUUAUAGUUUGAUAUUCCUUCGUACUUUUUAUGAACAGCUUGAAUUCUUAUGUCCUUUCCUAUUUAAAUCCUCUCUCUUGCAAACUCAAGGGAAUUAAUCGGACCUUCAAUCUAUUCUCUGUAAUGGUUGUAAUAUUUACCAUAGAAUUGCACUUUUAGUAGAAAAUGCUCUUUUUUCUUGCUCAUGA